CUACCAUUUUUAAUAAUAAUAACAUGGACAAUUACAAUGUCACACACUUUGCCAACGUACUGUUGGUCAGGAUAUGGAGAUUCAGUUUAUGUUUGGAUGAUAACUGGUCCUAUGAUCACGGCUAUCGGGGUCAACUGUAUAUUUCUAAUCAAUAUAAUCAGAAUCUUAAUAACAAAACUUAGACUUACAGUGACUGUCGAAAUGACACAAAUUCGAAAAGCCAUGAAAGCGACUGCACUUUUAUUUCCACUUUUAGGAAUUUCUCAUCUAUUGUUUUGCUUUAAUCCCGGAGACAAUGGACAGUUAGAAAGUGUUUAUAUGAUAACCAACGCUUUUCUUCAGUCAUCUCAGGGCAUUUUCGUGUCGGUGUUGUACUGUUUCCUCAACACUGAGGUGCAAACAGUUGUCCGAAACGUAUACUUAAGGGCAUCGAUGAGGAGGAGCGCCAAUCCUAACCUUAAGUUCAGUUUUGUGGCACACAAUCCAAGUAAUAGACGCAUGAGAUUCCUGUCCCAAACCUCAGCUUCUUUUGUGUCUAACUGGGAAUCAGGUCCUCAUCACCCGUCAGACAAAACUGUUCACAAACAGUGCCAAGGGUUGGACCUCGAAAUGGACCAAAUGGACCAAAAUAAUCAAUUGUGUCAGGACAGAUCUUUCGAACUCUGCUGA